AUGGCGCAUAUAAUUGAAGACGAAUUAAAAAAUAUAAUAAAAGAUAUAUAUGUAUCUCCAAUACUAACCCAUAGCAGUAGAAUAGCAAAAAGAGAAAUUUCUUUUUUUUUGGGGUUAACUAUUAAUGAAUUAUUAAACCCAUUAGGUGAAUCUGAUUGUUUGAUAAUUAAUGAAAAAGAAAAUAUAGAUUUAAAUUUAAAUGCUAACAUUAAUAUAAAUUAUAUAAAUAAGAAUAAUACAUUAUCUGAAAAAAUAUUAAAUAAUAAAAAUUUAAAAUUAUCUUUUAUAGAUGUAGAUGAUUAUGAAAAUUUAAAAUUAGAACAUAUUGAAAAAGUCUUAAUAGAUACUAUUUCAUACAAUGAACCACAAUAUUCUGAUAUAUAUAAUAAAUCAAAUUUAGAUGCUUAUUUUAAUAAAAAUAAUAAGGAUAAUAUUUAUACGAAUAUAAAAUAUUUUGAAAAUAUAUGCUUAAAUUCAAAAAUUAUUCAUAAUAAUAUAAAAAAUGAUAUAAAAAAAAGACAAAGCCAAAAUUCACAAAAUGAUUCUAAUAUUUAUAUAGAUCAAAAAUUUGGAAAAAUUAAUAAAAAAAAAAAAAAAAAAUUUCAACAAAUAAAUAAUGAUUCCACUACAUCUGAUUCUUCUUAUGAACAAAAUAAUAUAAUUCGUAUACAAAAAUAUAAUGCUUUUUUUUUGCCAUGGUUUUAUAAUUAUUUUAAAACUUCAUGGAAAUAUAUGCAUCUAUAUAAUAGUUUGCCUAUUUCUCCUUUAGGUAUUAUAUGUAUAUGUAGUACAAAAGAUAAUGAUAUAAUCAAUUUAUAUAAAUAUAUGAUUAAUUAUCAAAUAAAAAAAAAUAAUGUAUAUAUGAAUCAAAAUAUUCCUAAAUGUAUAAUACUACUACAUGUAUCAAAUAGUGAUGAUGAUGAAAUCGAAACCGAUGUUCAAAAGAUUUUUGUAAAUGUUCAAUCUAAUUUUUUAAAUUAUAAAUGUCAUUUAUUAAUUAUAAAAGCUCGAAGAUUUAUAGAUGCAUCAAAUAAAGAACCUAAAAUAAAUUUGAGUUCACAAAAUAAUUUAUCAAUAAAUAAAUCAAACACAUCUCAAGAUAUACAACAAAUAAAAGAAAAAAAUAACAAACUUGACAAUGUAAUAUAUGAAAAUAAUAAAUACACAAAUGAAUCACAAACAAAACAAUAUAAUAAUCUUAAUUUUAUUCAAAAAUUAUAUAUAAAAUAUUUAUCUCCAAAUCCAUUUAAAGAUAUUAAAAAUAAUAGUAAUAUAUCUGUUUAUACAAAUUUUAAAGAUAUAGAAAAUUUUCAAAAAAAAAAAAAAGAAUUAUCAAAUAAUUUAAAUAAAAUAUAUGAAUAUAUAAAUUCAGAUAAUGUAAUAUAUAUAUGUAAAAAUACACCUCUAUAUGUUGACAAUAUAUUUUUUUGUUCAUGUUUAAAUCAUAUAGAUGUUAUAUCAUUAAAAAAUUUUAUACACAAUUUUAUAAAAACAAAUGUAGUUUCAUAUAUUACUACAAUUGCUAAUAAAAUAAAUAAUAUGAUAUUAAAUAAUAAAAAAAGUAUAAAAAAUCAACUAAAAUUUAUGUGGAAAAAAACAAAAUUAAGCUUUUCAACAUCCGAUACAGCUUUAUAUGUAGCUGAACAAACUGGAAAUGCUAUUAUAUCCGCAGCACAUAACGUAUUAGCAUCUAAUCUAGAUACUUAUGAAAAAAAAAAUAGCUUAAAAAAUGUACAGCUAUUUGAUGGAAAAAAUAACAAUAAUAAUCAAAUAACUUAUUCUGCUUAUGAUGAUGAAAAAAAUGAUUCAGAAGAUCAUGUCAAAGAUCUUAAUUAUGAUGGUGCAUUACAAAAAAACAAACAAGAUGGAAUCAUAAAUAAUGUAUCCAAAAUAGAAAAUAUUGAAGAAAAUGAAAUAAAAAUAUAUAAUAAAGAUUCGUUAGAACAUAUGUAUAAAACUUUAAGUGACAUUUAUUUUAUUUUAGAGGAAUAUGAAUUAUCUUAUAAUAUAUUAAAAAUGUGUAUAAACGAAUUUAAACAUAAUAAAGAAUAUGCUUAUUUAGCAAAUUUAUAUGAAUUAUAUAGUUUAUGUAUUUUUAAUAUGAAUAAUAUAAAUAAAAAAGAUAUAUUAUAUUAUCUUGAUAUGAGCUAUCAAAUGUAUUAUAAAAUAUUUUAUUUAAACAAUAUGUUUGUAUGUUCUAUAAUUAAUUAUUACAUAUCUAUAAUUUGUGAAAUUAAAAGUGAAGAAGCAGCUACUAUACUAACCAAUGCCAAUUUUGAUUUUUCAUGUAUUGAAGAUAAAAUGAACACAAAAAAUUGCAUUAGCAAAUUCGAAUUCCAAAUCAAUAAUAUUCGAUCUGCUUUGUUGUUGGAGCAAAUUACCUAUAGUUAUAAAAAGGCCAAGCACACUAAAAAUAAAAAAAAAAACAAAGAUAAAAAUGACGAUAAAAAUCGAAAUGUAGAUAAAUAUGGCGAUAAAAAUGGCGAUAAAAAUGUAGAUAAAUAUGGCGAUUCAUUUUUAACUGAUAAUGUACAACGAAAUAAUUUCCCUCCCACUGUAUCUCAAGAAUUUCCUAUGAAUCACCAAAAACAAAUUAGUGAACUAACUUAUAAUACCUCAUCAAAUUCAUUAAUAGAUGACAAAAAUUUCCACAAAACUGAAUCCGGCAAGCAUGCUAGCUCUGCAAAUGAUGAUAACUCGGAAAGUUAUGAAAAAAAUUUCGGGGAAAAUUAUGAAAAAAAUUUCGAAAAAAAUUAUGAAAAAAAUUUCGGAAAAAAUUAUGAAAAUAUUUGCCAAAAUGACGCACCACAUAUUCGAAGCGUGCACCGAGAUGAUGUGUAUGCACAAAAUAGAGACCGAAAUUCAAGUCUAGAACAUAUUAAAAAGAUAAACCAAAUGGAUGAAAUAGAAGAAAAAAAUCAAAUAAAUAACCUAAAAUAUAAGUCAAGAAAAUAUUUAUUUGAUUUAACAUUAGCAGGUCAUACAUUUAAUAAAUGUGGAUUUAAAAAAUUAGCUUUAUUUUGUUAUUCAAAAUCUUUAAAAAAAUUUGAAAAAAAAAAAAUGAAACAUAUAUAUGAGCAUUUGCAUUUUAUGAUGGCUAGACAAGCAUUUAGUAUAAAUUUAUAUUCUGAAGCAUUACAACAUUAUAUAUCUAUUUUGAAUUCGAUAUCUAAAUAUUCUGAACAAUCAUAUAUUCUUAACAAAAAUAUUGAUAUAUAUUCUAUUUCAAUUGACAAAGAAAUAAAUUUUAUAAGAGAAUUUGCUUAUGUAUAUAAAAUAUAUAUGGAUAAAGUUUUAAAUAUGUAUAAUAAGGUUAGUGGAGAGCAGCUUCCCUCAUUUUCGGAAGUUGGCCACGCAGCUAGCGAAAAUGGCGAAGGCAAGGAAAAUGGUGAAAAUUUUGAAAAUGGUGAAGAUGGCGAAAGUAACGACAUUGCACACACCGCUAGCAAAUGCAAUGGUGAUGAAAUUAUAAAACCUUUGAAUUUGAGAAUUCCAUUAAUUUGCCAAAGAAAUAGCGAAAGUUUAUUUGCAAAUUCAAUUUAUGUAUCUAAAACAAAUAUAUAUAAAUUAAAAAAAAACAAUAGUAUAAAUAAUAUUAAUUAUUUUGAUAUUUUUGAAAAUAAUUUAUAUAAAAUAAAAAAUUAUAAUACAACCAUACUAGAUAUGUAUAAUAUCAUGUCAAAAGAUAUUAAUAACAUUUCUAAUGAUAAUAUAAAUUGUUUAAAUUAUUUAUUUAUUACUUAUAAAAAUUUUAUUAAUGCCAUAUAUAACGAUUCUAUAAAUUUAGAGAAUAACGAAAUAUAUACCCAUGAUGAUUUGGGCCCCCCCAAAAAUGAAUGCAUAAACGGAAUUCCCCAAAAUGGAAAAACUGAAAAUGCUACCACAUUUGAAAAUAACACAUUUGAAGAAACGAACCAAAAUGAUGCAAAUAAAAAUAACUGUGUUAAUAAAAAUGAUCAAUUUUUUCAAAAAUCAAUAAAUGUGUCUCCAUUUUUUUCCAUGGAAAAUACAAAAGAUUUUAUUUCAUAUACAAACGAAUUAAGACUAAAACUUAAAAAUAGUAUCGAAUUUUCUAAUAGUGUUCAAAUUAAAAAUAUAUAUCAAACAAAUUUUUCAAAAGAGGAACUCCAAAUUAAUAAUAAAUAUAUUCAAUAUGCAACAAAAAAUGAUUUUAUUUUUGUAACUUUUACUUUAAGCAAUCCACUUCACACAAAAGUUGAAUGUCAAGCUACACAUCUAUGUGCAUAUUUUUAUAAUCAAAAAUUGAAUCAAGAUAUUAUUGUUGAAAAAAAAAUUCUUAUUCUAGAACCCAAAGAAUCUCGAACUUUCACAUUAUAUCUUCGUCCUCUAAAGCAUGGAUUAUUAUUUAUAUCAGGAAUUGUUUGGGACCUAUUCGGGCUCGUAAAGACUUAUCAAAACUUUUACACACAUGGAGUAAAACAAUUAAAUAAAAAAUUUGAUAAGAUGCAUAAAUUAAAAUAUGAUGAAUUAUUUAAUGUAGAUGAUGAUAUAGAAAAAAAACAAAAAAUAAUUAAAAAAAUAAAUAAAGAAAAUGAUAAAUAUAUAUGGUCUAAUAAUAUAGGAAUGAUUCAAAAAAGAAGUUUUGAAAAAACAGAUACUUACGAAAUAGAUCAUAGAUUAUUAUAUUAUAUAUAUGAAAAAACAUAUUUAUUUGAUUUUAUAUUUGAAAAUGUUUAUUCAAAAGAUCGAAAAAAACAAAAUAAUUAUGAAAUCGAUCUAAUCGAAUUAUUAGAAGGAGAAGGAAUGGAAAUAAAAUUUAAAAUUAUUAAUUAUUCAGAAAUAUCUUUAACAUAUUUGAAUUUGUGUAUAACUCCAUGUAAUUUAUUUACAUGCUAUAAGCUUGUUUAUAAUAACAAUACAACAUUUCAUAUUUUGAAAGAUAUGUCAAAUUCUUCACAAAGAUGUCAUAACACAGAAUUGAAUAAUAACGAUUCAGUGCCAAAUAUUGAGGAACCAAUUUUUGUGGAUAGUGAAUUAUAUUGCGAAGAUUAUGUAGAUGUAAAUAACUGUUCAGUUUUUAAGCAAAAAUUUAAAAAUAAAAAUAUCCAAAAUAUAAAAAUAAAAGGAAAUUUAAAAAAAAAUGAUACAUUUAUUUUAUAUCUUAAAGUUGAUACGACAUAUACUGGAUUUCAUAAAUUUAUGAUAACUAUGUUAUGUGGAAAUGAUAUAAAUAAUAAUACCGAUUCAAAUAAACAAACAAAUAAUAUGAACAAUAAUUCUGUAAUAUAUCCUGAUAUGUUUCUAGAAAAAAAACAAGCCUCUUACUUAUUUUUCAGAAUAAUUAAUAUUAUACCAAUAAUUAAACUUAUCACAUAUCCUUUAAAUAAAUAUAAUAGUGAACACAAUUUUAUUUAUUUACUUUUUCAUAAUUUAUGUAAAAAUGAAAUUUAUUUAUAUAAUUUAUAUCUUGAACAUGUUAAUAAUAAUAAUGUGGAUAAAAAAGAAAAACAUAUAUAUAUCAAUUUUACAGAAAAAAAUAAAGACACAGAAAAAAAAUAUAUAAAAUUAUAUAAUUUUUAUUCUUCUAAUAUUCUAUUUAUAAAAAAAAAUAAAACUCUUACAUCUCUCUUUUAUUCAGAUAAAAAUAUUAUACAAAAUAAUAUUUUAGAAAAUUAUUUUAUAGAUCAUACAAAUAAUUUAACCCCAUCUCUUCAUACGUCUUUUUAUUUAAACAUAAAUUGGAUAUCUAAACAAUUUGGUGUUUUAAAAAAAGGAUGUAUAAAAAAAAAAGUCACAUUUUCAAAUGACAUAUUAACUUUUUCUAUUGAUCAAUUUGACAAAGAUAUAUUUAUAAACAAUCAAAAAGACAAACUUAUAAAAAUUGGAAUUAAUAUAAAUAAUAAUUCAAAUUUCGAUAUUUCUGAUUGUUAUGUACAUGUUAGAGAAAUGGAAGCGAUGAAUUUUGAUUCUUCAAUUGAAGAAAAUGGUGAUAAAGAAAGCAUUACAAGUUUUGACAAUACUGACACAGAAUCUGUAGAUGAUAAAUAUACCAAUGCUGAUUAUGAUGAUCAAAAUAGUGAACAAAAUUUUAAAAAUAAUUCUGAUUUUUCUGAAAUAUAUGAACAUAUAACCAACGAAUUUAAAAAUACCGAAUCGGAUCAUUUUAUAAAAAAUGAACAUAUUGAAAAUCAAACUGAAAUAGAUAAAAUAGACGAAAAAAAUAAAAUAAUUUCUAACUAUUCUUAUAAAUCAGUUUUAUAUGAUGAAAUAAAUAUUCAACAAAAUUCUAUAAAUGUAAAAAUGAAUAUAUCAAAAUAUAAUCCCAUAACGGAAAAUUAUUAUAAAACUGACACAAAUAAUUUUGAAAUGGCAGUUUUAAAUUAUUCUUCAUCUAUUAAUGAUAAAAAUAAUCAAGAUAUUAAAAAUUUGGAAGAGAAACAAAAAAAAAGUUAUAGUUCAGAGAAAAAUAGUAUUACAGAUUUUUCAUUUGAUUUACCUCAAAAAUAUAAAUUAACUCACCAAAAAAAAAAAAAAAAACUUUACAAACUUUUUGUUCAUAAUACAUUUAUACACGAUUAUAACAAUCCUAAUGAUUUUAUUCGAUUGACAUAUGAUGAAAUUAAUAAAAGAGAAAACCCAAACCAAAACCAAAAUAAACAUCCUGAACAUUUCAUUUCGAUAAAUGGUUUUACAUUUGUAGGAAUAAUACAAAAACAUAUUAAAAAAAUCAAAAAACACACACAAAAAAAAAUAUUUUUUAAUAUCCUUUUUACAAAACAAGGAAUUUAUAAUAUAAAUAAAUUUCAUGUAGUGUUUAAGUUGAAUGGUGAAUUUUUUAUGUUUAAACCUUUAAACGAAUUAAUUGUACAAAUUCACAAAUAA